GUGUUAAAGGAGGGGAGAAGGUAUUAAAGUUCGGAGGGAUCUAAAUAGGAGUUAGCCUCUUUUUUGGAAGUUCGAGAAAGGGUACUUCUAAAGGGCCCGAAGGCAUAAGAGGUAUCGGAAAAGGGGAGAAGGAGAUAUUAGAGAAGGGAAGGAGGGAUCUAAAAUUUAGCUUUCUAAGGAGCAAGUGGGUUAAAGACUUAUGGUAUGGGAGUUCUGGAUAAAAGUGACCCGGAAGUAGUAGUUAGGUACUAGCUUUUGGUGUUAUUAGUAGAAGUAUUAAAGGAGGAGGGGUUUAGAGGAGGGAUUUGGAGGGGUUUAGAGGAGGAGAGGAAGGUUAUAAGGCAGUUAGAUGCUAGCUCUUGGUAUUAAUGGAAGAAGUAUUAAAGGAGGAGGGGUUCGGAAAAGGAAUACUAGCUCUUGGUAUUAAUAGAGGUAUUAAUAAAGGUAUUAAUAAAGGUAUUAAUAGAGAAGGUAUUAGUGGAGGGCAGAAGCUCUUGGUAUUAAUAGCGAAGUCGAAAAAAUAUGGAAGAAGGAUAGAGGUUUUAGAGCGAAGAUAGAAUAAAGUCAUAGUUUUAUAGAAAAUAAAGUUACUAGUGCG